AUGCAUGAAGGACAUGUGUUUCUUGGUAAUAAAGAGAAAUUUAAAGCAUUGGAAGAACAAUUGGAGCAGACAAGAGCUAGAGGUGAGAAUAAAUUAAAAGGAAUGUCGGCAAGAGCAUCAGCGCUCUCGGCGGACCAAGACGCGUGGGAAACAAACAGAUUGUUAACAAGUGGCGUCGUGGCAUCGGGACGAGUGGCCACGGAUUUUGACGAAGAAUUGGACUCGAGAGUGCAGAUCAUGGUGCACAGUACGAAGCCGCCGUUUUUGGAUGGACGAGUGGCGUUUACAACACAGGUAGAGAUGGUAGCAACAGUGAAAGAUCCGACGUCUGAUAUGGCCGUUUGUGCGAGGAAAGGCAGUGAACUGUUACGGGAAGUGCGGGAACAGCGUGAAAGGAAUAAGAUGCGGAAACGAUUUUGGGAAAUUGGCGGGUCGCGAAUGGGCGACGCUAUUGGUGUGAAGGCAGACGUUGGGUCUGAUGAAGAGGAAGACGCAAAGCAGGAAGAAGAGAGUGGAGAGAAUUAUAAACAUGACUCGCAGUUUUCGACGCAUUUAAAGAAACAAAAAGCUGUAAGCAUUUUUGCCAAGACCCGAACACUCCGUCAGCAGCGUGAAUUCCUGCCAAUUUUCCAGUGUCGUGAAGAAGUGCUGCAAGUGAUUCGAGAGAACCAGAUUGUGGUAAUUGUUGGCGAGACCGGUUCGGGAAAGACCACGCAGCUCACGCAAUAUUUGCAUGAAGAAGGAUAUUCGCAGUUUGGUACUAUCGGUUGUACGCAACCGCGUCGUGUGGCAGCCAUGUCAGUGGCUCAGCGUGUUAGCGAGGAAAUGGACGUAACGCUUGGCGAAGAAGUGGGGUAUGCUAUUCGAUUCGAGGAUCUUACAUCUGACAGGACAAUUAUUAAGUAUAUGACAGAAGGCGUACUCUUGCGCGAGUCGCUGCGUGAAGCUGAUCUGGAUUCGUACUCUUGUGUGAUUAUGGACGAGGCCCAUGAGCGUGCUCUUAACACAGACGUACUCUUUGGUAUUCUUCGCAAGGUGGUCCAGCGUCGCAGCGACUUCAAGCUUGUUGUGACGUCGGCGACAUUAGAUGCGGACAAGUUUGCGAGGUUCUUUGGUGGAGUGCCUAUGUUCACCAUUCCUGGGCGGACAUUCCAUGUGGAUACCCGUUACGCUAAAUCUCCCAGUGAGGAUUUCGUAGACGCGGCGGUGAAGCAAGUCAUGCAGAUUCACCUGUCUCACCCGCCUGGUGAUGUCCUAGUGUUCAUGACAGGCCAAGAAGACAUCGAGGCAACGUGCUACGUGCUGGCAGAUCGGAUGGGUAAGCUGGAUGGUGCGCCACCACUGAUGGUUCUCCCUAUGUAUUCACAAUUGCCGGCAGACAUGCAAGCAAAGAUCUUCGAUGCCUCGGAUGUUCGAAAAUGCAUUGUGUCUACCAAUAUUGCAGAAACGUCACUUACGGUGGACGGUAUCAAGUACGUUAUCGAUGCAGGAUUCUGCAAGGUUAAAGUCUACAAUCCCAAGAUUGGUAUGGAUGCGCUGCAGGUAACUCCCAUCAGUCAGCAAAAUGCCAAUCAGCGUGCUGGUCGUGCUGGUCGAACAGGCCCCGGUGUAGCUUACCGUUUGUACACAGAGCGGCAGUAUGUCAAUGAGCUGCUCGAAGCACAGAUUCCAGAAAUUCAGCGAACAAAUCUGGGUUAUGUGGUGUUGCUGCUUAAAUCGCUCGGGGUCUCCAACUUGCUCGAGUUUGAUUUCAUGGACCCGCCACCACAGGACAAUAUCAUUAACUCGAUGUAUCAAUUGUGGGUGCUUGGAGCACUUGACAACACGGGUGAGCUGACGGAAAUGGGUAAGAAAAUGGUUGUGUUUCCGUUGGACCCUCCUCUGGCUAAGAUGCUAUUAUUCAGCGAGCAGCUAGGUUGCUCGACCGAGGUACUCGUGGUGGUGAGUAUGCUAUCAGUCCCGAGUGUGUUUUUUCGUCCCAAGGAUCGUGAGGAGGAGAGCGACGCCGCCCGAGAAAAGUUUUUCGUGCCGGAGAGUGAUCACCUUACGUUAUUGAAUGUUUAUCAGCAGUGGGAAGCGAACCGCCGUUCGGCUCAAUGGUGUUCCGAUCAUUUUAUUCAUGCAAAGGGCUUGCGCAAGGCUCGCGAGGUGCACGAACAACUAGCCGAUAUCAUGAAGCAACAGCACGUGCGACUUUGUUCGUGUGAGGGGCGCUGGGAUGUUGUACGCAAGGCGAUCUGCUCAGCGUAUUUCUACAACUCUGCUCAAAUUAAGGGCAUUGGCGAAUAUGUAAACAUGCUGACGGGUAUGCCAUGCAAUUUGCACCCAAGCGCUGCGCUAUUUGGUCUUGGCUACACACCAGACUUUGUAGUUUACCAUGAACUCAUUUACACGAGUAAAGAGUACAUGCAGUGUGCAACAGCCGUGGAAGGUGAGUGGCUAGCAGAGCUAGGCCCCAUGUUUUUCAGUGUAAAGAAGUCGUUCCAGUCACGUUUACUCAAGCGCAUGAAGGAAAAGGAAGAAGCCAUUGAGAUGGAAAAUGAAAUGGAAGUUUCACAACAGUUGAAAAAGUUGAAACGUCACGAUGAUAUGGAGAAGAAAGAAGCUGUAACAAGUCGUCGAGAGCACAAGAAACAACGCAUGGCAGUGGUGGAAAUCGGUCAAGCAGAUGUUGCGAGCACGAAAACAACAGCAAGACGUCCUCGUCGUUAUGGGUUUUAG